AUCCAAAUAACGGAAAAGGCAAAAACCCCAAUUCCAAACUCAAAGCACUGUCUUAAAACCCUAGAAACUGAAAUUCACAGAGAAGAAACACAGUAAGAGAGAAAAAGAUGAGACCUUUAGACGAAACAGAAACGAGCGUAGUAUUCGAAAAGCUCUUCAAAUUCGUUGGCAACAACCUAAAGAACAUGGUCGAAAAUCCUUCACACGAAGGACCCGAUUCAAACCCAAGUCGCUACUGUUUCCGUCUUCACAAGAACAAAAUCUUCUACACAAGCGAAUCGCUCGUCAAACGAGCCACAAACAUCGCACGACCUAAUCUCGUUACCGUCGGAACAUGCAUCGGAAAAUACACCCACGGUGGUAACUUUCGUCUCACAGUUCAAGCACUCAACCUUCUCGCCGCAAAUGCAAAACACAAGGUGUGGCUUAAGCCUCAGUCUGAAAUGUCGUUUUUGUAUGGAAACCAUGUUUUGAAGAGUGCGUUGGGUAGGAUAACUGAAAACAUUGUUGCUGGAGAUGGGGUUGUUGUCUUUUCUAUGGCUGAUGUGCCUUUGGGUUUUGGGGUAGCUGCUAAGUCAACACAGGAUUGUAGGAAGUUGGAUCCUAAUGGUAUUGUUGUGUUGCAUCAGGGUGAUGUGGGAGAGUAUUUGAGAAUGGAAGAUGACCUUUGAAAUUGAAACUAUAUACCAUUUUGGAAUUUUACUAGCGGGUUAUUGUUGUAUGGGUAUAACUUAGUUUUUAUGCAAGUGAGUUUUUUUUAUUUUUUUAACAUUCAUCACAUCACUGUAAGAUAGAUUCUGAGUCAUACUGGAAUCUCAUGAAAUUUUGUUAAAUAUUGCAGUGAUUGCAGUUAUUAUAUUGUAUGGUUACACUAUUUGAUAGAUAUAAGGUUUUUUAGUUUCUUUAUA